CGGGGACUGUGUGGAUGGGCUCUGGCUGCACCGUGGAGGAAAACGUGCAGUCAUCCUGUGUGGCGUGUCAGUGACAAACAAACUGGGCCAUCGCGCAGGGACCCACCGGGUUGCCUCUACAGACGCUGCACAGCGCCAGAUAAAUAGAGGGAUUCAUUAAAGGGAAUUUUGCACGCAUGCACGCGUCUAAGUGUGUGGGGGUGCAAAUAUUUGGAGGUUUUCGAGGAAUUAAAAGCGGAGCCUUGCUGAUGGGGCUGCUGGCACGCUGGGCUGUGACUUCGGAGUGACUGCAUUGUGUGUUUCCUGGGAUGGAAUAAUCCUCCCCUCAUUCAUCGAAGGUUUAGAUAAACUCAUCUUGUCGCUCUUCAUGGUGCUUGAAGGCAGAGAGAUGGACGGGAUCCUCAACACCAUGCAGAAGAAGGCUGCGGAGCUGGAGCGGCUGGCCGAGGUGCUCGUCACCGGAGAACAGCUGAGGCUGCGGCUCCAUGAGGGGAAGGUGAUCAAGGACCGGCGGCACCACCUGCGAACUUACCCAAACUGCUUUGUGGCCAAGGAGCUCAUCGAUUGGCUGAUCGAACACAAGGAGGCCUCAGAGCGAGACACGGCCAUCAAGAUCAUGCAGAAACUUUUAGACCAAAGCAUCAUUCACCAUGUGUGUGAUGAGCAUCGGGAGUUCAGAGACAUGAAGCUGUUUUACCGCUUCCGGAAAGACGACGGCACGUUCCCAUUGGACAGCGAAGCCAAAGUCUUCAUGAGGGGGCAGAGGAUCUAUGAGAAGUUGAUGAACACAGAAAACAACCUACUGCAAACGAGGGAGGAAGAAGGAGUGACAUUCGAGCGGACGCUGGUGGCCUCUGAGUUUAUUGACUGGCUGCUGCAGGAGGGCGAGAUGGCAACCAGGGAGGAGGCUGAGCAGCUGGGACGGAGGCUACUUGAACAUGGCAUCAUCCAGCACGUCACCAACAAGCAUCACUUUGUGGAUGGUCCGCUUCUCUACCAGUUCAGGAUGAAUUUCCGGCGACGACGGCGAUUGAUUGAACUUCUUCACGAGCGCGGCCGCAGCAUCCCUGAGAGUCAUGACAGCCCCUUCUGUCUCCGCAAACAGAACUCAGAUGGAGGAAACACCAGCUUCCUCUCAGUGAGCCCCACUAAAGAGAUAAAGGUGGUGGUGGGAGUUAGGCGGAGCAGCAUGAGCAGCAGCUGUGGCAGCAGCGGUUACUACAGCAGCAGUCCUACGCUCAGCAGCAGCCCUCCUGUCCUGUGCAACCCCAAGUCUGUUCUGAAAAGACAAGUGAGUCCAGAGGAACUGCAGACACCAGGAGGACCUUUUCUAAAGAAGACAUUCACUAUUGUAGGUGAUGCUGUGGGUUGGGGCUUUGUGGUGCGAGGCAGCAAACCCUGUCACAUCCAGGCCGUGGACCCUGGCGGACCUGCAGCUGCUGCUGGCAUGAAGGUGUGCCAGUUUGUGGUGUCGGUGAACGGACUGAAUGUCCUCUCUCAGGACUACCGGACUGUUAGCAACUUGAUCCUGACUGGACCCAGGACAAUCGUCAUGGAGGUGAUGGAGGAGGUACAAGUUUAAAGAGUGGUGUGACAGAAUCCCUCAUAUGUAGAAGAGUAGUGCAGUAAUAACUUAAUAAUGACCUCAGCGACAGAGCAACGUGGAAGACUUGAUACGCAACUCAUACGCUCUCUCUGUUCCAACGUUGUUUGGGCAAGGUGGAUGACUGACAGAAGUGUUAAAGAAUGUGGAUAUUCCACUAAUACAAAUGAUUCAGCCUGUAGACACACAGGCUGUAGUUCAAACAGCGUCAGAACAUGAGUUUGACAUCUGAACCUGGACAAAAACAACUAAAGACUGAAACUGUAACAGUAAGGGAGAAUAUUUCAUGAUGACACAGCGACCUCUCCCCCAGUUAGUUUCCAGUCAUGGACUAAAGCGCCUGAUGGCUCAACACUGCCCUCUGCUGGGAGAGACAGAAAGACACAGCGAGGGAGCAUUUACACUGCAUUUGCAUAAAUCAUUGUUGGUUACAGGGUGUUUAAUUGUUUUUCCUUUUUUGGGGAUCCAUCAUGUUAAAUAGAAAAAAAAUUCUAGCCUCACCAUGUGAAAUAAAAGAACUAAAUUGAUGCCCAGGUAGAUUAAUGUGUAGCUGCUGGGAAUUAGUUAGGCUACAUAAUGAAAAAUGAUAAACCUUAUGUACUCAUUUACAGGUACGUUGUACAUAGAAAAGUUAUGAAAGACUUAACGCACAAACAAACUGAACAAGUUCUGCUUUAGAAAAAUGGUGAUUAUUGGAUGAAGACUUGUUAGUGUGCAAGCUAAAACAGCACUUACAACAUCUAUAAAUGGACUAUAAACAACUAUUUUUUACCCCCUGAACUCUUGAUAUUGGUAUCCUCUUGGUUUGGUUUUUAAAAUGGCUUCACGUCGGCAGAAACUUCCACAAAGACAUGAGGUGUCUUCAUGUGUUUAACAGAGUAUAUGUUAUACUUAGUGUCUCAGCUCUAAAAUACAUUAGUAUUUUUAUCUAAGAAGUGUUGCAAUUAUUGUUUGAAAAACAAACAAACAAUAACAAUAAUUUGAGUCAUUUUAUGUCAACAAGAUUUAGUUUGACCUGAAAUGUAAAAUGUACAUCUAUAUUUUCUUUUGAUGUCUGAAAAAUAUUAGCACUUGAACUAUUAAACACUCAUUUUUAAGUGAAGUGAAACAUUUGUUACUCGUGAAACAAAAGCUUUCCGUGGUGAAAUCAGUUUUACAACACACCCAUUUUGCCAGGUGAGCUGCAGAAAUGUCACAAAUAAAUGUAUUCUUGCCAUACAGACAGAGUGUGGGAGUUUGCCUGCUCCUGCACACCUGUCUCAUGAAACAGAUGUGCAAAGUAAUCGUCUGCUCUGAGAAUACACACCGGGGACACUGAGUAUUUUGGACUGUUUUAUUUGUCUGUGCUGAGAACCGUAAACAAAAUUGAAUUUUGCUCCAGCGUACCAAAGUGACAACAGCAAACUUGCCCAAAUUACUUAUUUAUUUUGUCCUAUUUGGUUGAAACAAACAUGAAAAAAGUCAUCUUGAAUUAACCGCAUUAAAUCAGGUUUGUGGUUUAAAUUAAUGCAUUUGUGCAUCAUUAACCUCCACAAUAACAUCAGACUUAACUGUAUGUUUAUAGACUGUGCCAUCGUGUGCUUAGACAUACUAGCAUAAGAUCACAUCUAAAUCUAUGGAGCUGCAUGGGGAAGUGAUCAUAGUGUCUGUAAUCCAUGGGUGAUUAAAGAGUUAACACUUGUAAUGCAGUAUAUCAAACUUUGUCUAUUAAUAGUGAACAUGUAUUCAGGAAAUCUUUAUUGCCAAGCGUUAGAAUGAACACACACUGUAUAUUACAGUAAACUGCCUCCAAGUGUCUGAAGUGAGUUAUCCAGUGGACAUUUCAUUGGUUUUCCUCAAUGUUCUUAGAUGUUGUAAGCAGUGAAAUGCAUGACUCCUGUGAAUCUGUGCUUACGUAGCAUUUUUAUCUUCUAAUCCAAAGCGCUUCUUCAGUCUGUUGACUUAGUAGGACUGAAUUAGCUGGCGAAUCCUGUCAGAAGUAAAGUAGAUUUGAGUCUUGACAAGUCUUCGUUUCCACUUUAUGUACUCUACCCAUUUUCCAGGAAAAAGACAGCAGAACAAAACUUCCUCACUGGUGAUGUUCUCUGGUUGACACUGAUGCCAAACAGCAUACUGUUUUAAGACUGUUCGUGGGUGUUUGGUUGGUAGGGUUUGCUUGGGUUUGGAAGAGUUACAAUAGGCACUGUAGGCGUCAAUGAGACGUCAAUAUUCUUUGAUACUUUGUCAGAUUUACGUUUGUUGGAUUUUAUCACACAACAACUCAACAGGUAACGUGACGAACAUCUCUUCUGUCCCCAAAACUGCAGACAUCAGUGAACCAACCUUUUUCACUGCUCUCCUGUAGAGAAGACACAGUUCAUAUCUACGCUCUUAUCUCACAGUCUUUCUUUCAUUAAAAACUUGCACAGCUGCAGUUUUCAAUCCAGUAUUUGUUCUUUUAAACGAGUGAUCCGUUUGAAGGCUUUUGUAAUUUUGUUAAAGGAAUUGAGAAAUGUUUGUCUGAAGGCCGUUUGGAAGGGGCACAAAAGGUCGAGCGUGGUCUCAGUGGAAUUGUGAGGAGUAUAAAUAUGCAGAAGUGUCUGGGAUGCACUAAAGGAGUUGUUAGCUGGCUGAAACGGGUUCACCGACUGUUCGACAAUAAGCCUGAAAGCAUUUGCCUUCAGACCUUAUUUUGCUGCUAAUCACAAUGGUGGUCGUCAUAUCUCUCGUUCUCUUCCCGGCUCUCUUAUCUCAGAUUGUUUCCUCGUACCUAACCCUUGUACCAGGUAAUCAUACGUCAGCUCUUUUGACAAUCAGUGUUUUGUGGACAGCACAACAACAGUUUCAAAAGCAAUGAUCUGACAGAAUGUAUUUCCGCUACAUUGUACUGUUGACAUUGUCAGUUUUAUACUUAAAUGAUUGGUUCACUCCUUUAAUGAAAGAGAUUCUUUGCUUUAUGUUUGCCGCGUGGGGUCGGAGGAGGAGGUGGAGGCCCAAACAUUUUCAGCAGGUUACGGCUGUGUGUUUAUUUUCACCGCUAUCAGAGAGCGAAUGUUGGGUUUGACGACUAUAUAAGCUCACAGUACCACAGUGUGUCUUUGACAAAGCAUCCUGAUGUUCUGAUGUAUCAAACAGCUGAUUAAGUGUUUAAUAAACAAACUGAUUGAACUUGA